AUGAAAGUACUGUUUUGCAAUGUUAGUAAUUCUAUCCAAGAAAGUAUUGAUAUCGAAGAGACACAUACAAUUACUAUUGGACAAAUACAUCAACUCAUUGCAAGUAAAUUAAAGUCAUUAUACUCAGACAUUACAUUAAUAUAUCGAGGAUAUAAAUUAACUGAUAACUCAUUAUUUUCUACAAUCGGAUAUCAAGAAGGAAGUAAAAUUAUAUUUAUUCAAAAAAAGAAAAAACAAGAAAAACAGGAAGAAAAAGAAGAACGAAUUGAAAAACAAGAACAACCACUUCAUUCUGUACUUAAUGAUACAAGUUGUGAUAGUCCAAGUGAUGACUUUUUAAAUGACCCAACGUUAAUCAGAUUAUUGUUUCAAAAUGGUCUUUUUAAGGAAUUCUUUGAGAAAUACCCUGAAAUGGAAGACAUUAUCAAUGACCCUAAAGAAUUAAAAAAUAUGAUGAAAAUGAUAAGAAACCCUCAAUUAAUGAAUCAAGCAUUAAUGAAUACAGACAAUGCUAUUAAUCAAGUUGAAAAUUUACCUGGAGGUCAUAAUGAAUUAGUUCGUUUAGUAAACGGAUUUGAACCAUUAGAAGAUGCAUUGAAACCAAACGUAAAAUUUAAUCCAGAAGUAUCAAAUGACCAAUUUAAGAUGGAAAAACCACUUGACCAACCAUUCAAUUUAUUUGAAGAACGAACAUCAGACAAACUUAUGAAUGGUAAUGGACUAGUUUCUUUUGGCAAUAAUCCAGUAUCAGGAUAUAACUCUUUUGGACUACCAGCACAAAAUUACCAAACACCUUCUCUUUAUGUUCCAAUACCAUCUCCUAGCUCAUCUCUUCCACCAAGACAACGAUAUAGUAGCCAAUUACAAUGUUUAAAGGAAAUGGGAUUUUUAAAUGAUGAAGAAAAUUUAAGUGCUUUAAUUCAAGCAAAUGGAGAAUUAUCGACAGCUCUUGACAUUUUAGAAAGAGGUCAUUAA